AUGGCGAAAUUCAUUCUCGCGCCCGUAUUAUCGCUUUUUGGGCUGUAUCUUUUGUGGAUACAGCGCGCACUAGCCUGGAAUGACCUCUGCAGGGAGGCUAUUGAGUCCACGGCUAUGAGCGCAAUUACCAUGGAGCGCUUGAGGCGUCUCAAAGUCAUCCUUAGGGGUCACGACCUCGUUGACUACACGUGGUGGGCAGGAGAGGUCAUAAAGCGCAUACCGGAGUCCGCCAGGCUGCACAAGCAGCCGCAGAAGGACAACACCUGCGUCACAUUCGAUUCAACAUGCCCAGAUGGAAUGUGUCUGAUCGAAGGAUCGAAAUACUUCUUUGCCUACCUGAUGAAAAGCGGCUACAGCAUAACUCCCAACCCAACCAAGUUUGAGCUGCCGCAAUUCCGCUACCCGAAAAAUGUCACAUUCACACCGGCAGACGCCCUGAAGUACCUCAUGGUCCUUUUGGCUGACAUGCACUACCCCUUCAACCUAGAUUUGGACGAGCCGUACAGCGUCGGCAAGAAAAAAGUUGACGUUUCGGCCUAUCCCAUGUGGGAGUCCCUUUCUAUGGAGAAGGUAGGGCACGCGCAGCCCACGCUUGAGGAGUUCAUCUCACUCAUUUUCAUGCCACACUACAUACAAAAGAACGAGGACUCGUGGUACGGUUCCUGGACUAACGUUGAGAUACUGGGUUCGCGAUACAAGGUCGAGCAGGAGUCAUUCAACCGCAACACCUGGGACAACUUCGAAAUUUGGGCCACAGAGACGGCCAACCUUAAUUGCGCAAUGAUCAUCAACAGGAACGACUAUAAGGACGAUCCCAACAGGAUUAUCCUCUCUGAUUCGUUGAUGGAAAGGCUAGGACUCCUUGUCAGGUUCCAGAUCGUCCUUGCGGGCGCCCGUAUCGCUAUUGUGAUGAACUACAUCCUCUCUCACAGGGAAAUCGCAUACUGCGAAAAGACUGGGCUGCUUAUAGAGAAAAACCCCAAUGACAGGUGGAGCAUGGACGACAUCUGGUUUGGGGCUGCCAUCGUGGCGUUCUGCGGAAUAUGCGCGGCCGGAGCGUACGUUCUCUUCCUGCUCUUCAAGUCCAUGUACAAGAGAAACAUCAAAACACACGUCGACCAGGCGCUUCAGGGCUGGAAGGACCGCCGCAAGAAGAAGUACACGCCUCACCUCGACCUUCACGAGGAUUAA